AUGGAUCCCUUGUUUUGGUCAUCAGAAACUAACAACUUUCGGCCUUUCACCCAUGAGUCCUUGGCAGCAAUUGAGAAAAGGAUUGCUGAGAAAAAAUCCCAGCAAGCUGAAGUUAAAAGGGAGAAUAACGACAAAGAAGUUGAAGAAAAUAAGCUUACUCCUAAGCUUGACCUGAAAACCUGCAAAACCCUGCCAUCUCUGUAUGGGGAUCUUCCUGUGGAGCUCAUUGGGGAACCCCUGGAGGAUAUUGAUCCAUACUACAGUGAUCGCAAGACUUUUAUGGUGUUAAACAAAAGUAGGACUAUUUACCGGUUUACUGCCACACCUGCCUUAUGUAUAAUUGGUCCUUUUAAUCCAGUCAGAAAAGCAGCAAUUAAAAUUAUGACCCAUUCAUUAUUUACUGGCUUUAUUAUAUGUACUGUGGUACUCAAUUGUGUUUCCAUGACUGUAAAUCUUCCAAAAGAACUCUGCUGGACUGAACAUAUUUUUACUGGCAUAUAUACUUCUGAAAUAUUGAUAAAAGUAGUAGCAGCAGGAUUUGUUUGGAAUGAAUUUACCUUUCUUCGAGAUGCAUGGAACUUCAUUGAUUUUGUCAUUACUGUUAUAACCUUUGCCACCCUGUAUGUUACUGUGGGCAAGGGUUCAGCUCUUCGAACUUUCAGAGUACUGAGGACUUUGAAAGCUAUUUCAGUAAUAUCAGGUCUGAGAGUCAUUGUAAAUUCACUUAUUGAAUCUGUUAAGAGACUUGCAGAUGUGUUGAUCUUCACUGUUUUUUGCUUGAGUGUAUUUGCCCUAGUAGGCCUUCAGCUUUUUAUGGGCAAUUUAACAUUCAAAUGUGUCCUCAAUAAUACUGACUACAAUGACACAUUAUGUAAGGAUGCUAAGAUCUACAUACCAAAUACUCAAGAUAUCUGCUCCAGAAUGAAUAAAUCUUCUGACAUAUUGCUCUGUGGGUUCAGUUCAAAUCGUGACAAUGAGUGUCCAAAAAACUACACGUGUAAGCCAGUUGGGAAGAAUCCUGACUUUGGUUAUACAAGUUUUGAUCAUUUUGGCUGGGCCUUCCUUUCUGUGUUCCGUCUGAUGACACAGGAUUACUGGGAGCGUCUCUACAGACAAAGGCAGAUACUGCUGUCCUAUGAAUUGUCAGUGGACUCUGUUAACGAUCCUUUUCAAAGACAAAGGUUAAUGAGUGCAGCCACUGUUAUUUCAGGUAAUUUGCAAAUGCAGAAGUCAAAAAUUAAAUGCCCUUCUCAAUGGAAACAUCUUGCUCAAAAGUGUCUAAUUUGGAAUUGUUGUCCAUUCUGGAGAGCAGUCAAAGAGAAGGUGAAAUUGGUAAUUUUGGAUCCAUCUGCUGAUCUCUUGAUCAUGUUUUGUAUUAUCGUGAAUACCUUAUUCAUGGCUUUGGAGCAGCCUGGCGUGAACUCUGAUUACCAAAAAAUAAUUUCUAGAAUUGACCGGGUCUUCACCCUGAUUUUUACUGCAGAGAUGAUCUUGAAAAUCAUUGCUCUUGAUCCUUACAACUACUUUCAGCGAAAGUGGAAUAUUUUUGAUAGCAUAGUUGUUAUGACUGACCUAAUAAGCUUUAAAGAAAAUCUGUCAUAUUUCAGGCUGCUCAGGAUCUUCAAAUUGGCAAAGUUCUGGCCAGCCUUAAAUACUCUUAUGAAAAUAAUUCUAAACUCAGUUGGUGCUCUGGGUAACCUCACUCUGGUUUUGAUUAUCACUGUAUUUAUUUUUGCUGUAGUAGGAAAGCAGGUUUUAGGCACUUACUAUAGAAAACAUGCUUUAAAAAUAAGCACUGAUAAGCAGUUACGCUGGCAUAUGGAGGAUUUUUGUCAUUCAUUCCUGAUCAUAUUCCGAAUAUUAUGUGGAGAAUGGAUUGAAACCAUGUGGGAAUGUAUGGAAGUGGCUGGAAAAGGGCUAUGUCUUCCCAUUUUCUUGCUAGUCCUGGUCAUAGGAAACCUGGUGGUGCUCAACCUAUUCAUUGCCUUGCUGCUGAAUUCGUUCAAUACUGACUCCUCAAUGGAACAAGAGGAACCUGGACAAAUGACCAAAAGUCAGAUUACCAUUGUGCAGAUUCACAAGGGCCUGCGGUCUGUGAAAGACAGAAUUUUGGGUCAUUGUGGCAAAAUAAUGAAAAGAAGCCUCAAAACAACAACCAAAAAGAAGACUUUAGUGAAAAUUUCUGCCAAAGACAUAGAGGAAAAUGACUAUGCCAUGACAGAUGUCAGAAAGGAUAUGGACAACAUCUGCUUUGACAUGAGAUAUUACAAUACUGAAGAGAAUUGCUCAGUGACAAGGAAAGACGAAGAAUUUUUAACCAGUCAUAGUACCUGUGUUCCCAUUGCAGUAGCAGAGACUUACAUGGAUGAAGGUGGUGAUGAGCACAGUGUAUGCACAGAAAUAGAAUACAAAAACCAGGGAGACAGGUUAAGACGUAGAGAGAAGUGCCGGAAUUCGAGUAGCUUCAGUCAGACUUCUGGGACUUCUGAAACUUUAAGUUGUUUUCCAGAAACACACCAAAAGAAAGAGCAAAAAGAGAAAUAUGAUGGUGGUAGCUAUUCUGAAGCCAGCACUGCGGAUCCAGUUAUUCUGCUGGAGACCUUUUCUCAGCCUAAGAAGUCAUACCUACCUAAGGACUGUUUUACAGAAAGUUGUAUUGAAUGUGUCCCGUGUUGUGCAGUGGAUACCACUAAGUUUCCAGGCAGAACUUGGUGGAAUUUUAGAAAAACCUGCUGCAAAAUUGUUAAACAUAGCUGGUUUGAACUUUUUAUAAUUUUUAUGAUAAUAUUGAGCAGCGCAGCACUGGCAUUUGAAGAUAUUCAUCUGCAGGAGAGACAAAAAGUGAAAAUGCUCCUAGAGUAUGCUGAUAAAAUAUUUGCCUACAUCUUUUUUAUGGAGAUACUUCUGAAAUGGGUAGCUUAUGGUUUGCACAGUUAUUUCACAAAUGCCUGGUGUUGGCUAGACUUCAUCAUUGUAUGUCUGUCAUUUGUUUCCUGGGGAAUGAAUACUGCUUCUGACUCAUCACUUUGUUCCUCUGGGACCGCCCUGAAAUCUCUCAGGACUUUGAGAGCAUUGAGACCUCUCCGAGCUUUGUCAAGAUUUGAAGGGAUAAAGGUUGUUGUGAAUGCACUCUUGGGAGCCAUCCCCUCAAUCUUGAACGUUUUGCUCGUCUGUGUUGUCUUCUGGCUCCUAUUUAACAUUGCAGGAGUAAAAUUACUUGGAAAAAAAUUUUGGAAAUGCACACUCACAGAAGGAAAUAUCACUUUAGUUCAUAACAAAGAUAAUUGUACUCACUUUAACGGAACAUGGACAAAUAGUGAUGUAAACUUUGAUAAUGUUGGGAUGGGAUACUUGGCUCUCCUCCAAGUGGCAACUUUUAAAGGUUGGAUGGAUAUUAUGUAUGCAGCAGUGGAUGCUCGUGAGAUAGAUGAACAGCCAAAGUUUGAAGCAUUUUUAAGCAUGUAUAUAUAUUUUGUGGUUUUCAUUAUUUUUGGAUCUUUCUUCAUGCUGAACCUCUUCAUUGGAGUGGUUAUCAGCAAUUUCAACCAACAAAGGAAAAAGAUAAGUGGAAAAGAUCUAUUUUUGACUGAGGAACAGAAAAAGUACUACAAUGCCCUAAAAAAUCUUGGAUCAAAGAAACCUCAAAAACCCAUCCCAAGACCAUUGAAUAUGUUCCAAGGAUUGCUGUUUGACAUAGUAUCGCACAAAGCGUUUGAUAUUACUGUUGCGGUUUUCAUCUGUCUAAAUAUGGUCGUUAUGAUGGCAGAAAAUAACCAGAACAACAUCAAGAAUGUUCUUAAUAAAAUCAACUUUUUUUUCGUGGCAGUAUUUACUGCAGAAUGUGCCAUAAAAAUACUAGCCUUAAGUCGUUACUUCUUCAUGUGUGGCUGGAACAUAUUUGAUUUAGCUGUUGUGAUCCUUUCAUUAAUUAGUACUGGACUUUCUGAAGGCUUUCAGGCUUUCUUCUCUCCUACACUUUUGAGAAUUUUUCGUUUGGCAAGAAUUGUCCGAAUUCUGAGAUUAAUUCGACAAGCUAGAGGAAUUCGAGCUCUGCUUUUUGCCUUACUGAUGUCUCUUCCUGCACUGUUCAACAUUGGUCUUUUGCUUUUUCUGGUUAUGUUCAUUUAUGCCAUUGUGGGCAUGACAAACUUUGCCUGUCUUGGCUGGGAAGGUGGGAUUGAUAACCUGUUCAACUUUCAAACCUUUGAUAGUAGCAUUCUCUGUCUCUUCCAAAUUACAACAUCAGCUGGCUGGGAUGGUCUUCUGGCCCCUUUGUUAAAAGAAUCUAAUUCAUGUGCUCCCAAUUUAAAUUUAACAAGUGAACAGAAAAAAAAUUGCAAAAGUAAGGGAUUUGGUAUUUUUUAUUUUGUAAGCUAUGUCAUUAUAUCAUUUCUUAUUGUUGUAAAUAUGUACAUAGCUGUCAUUUUAGAGAACUUCAAUAUUGCCACUGAAGAAAGCACAAAUCUUCUUUGUGAGGAUGACUUUGAUAUGUUUUAUGAGACCUGGGGAAAAUUUGAUCCUCAGGCAACACAGUUUAUUGAAUAUUCUGCUCUUUCAGACUUUGCAGAUGCUCUGGCAGAACCCUUACGCAUUCCAAAGCCUAAUAAAAUUCAGCUCAUAUCCAUGGACCUUCCUCUAGUUAGUGGAGAUAAGAUCCACUGCUUGGAUGUCUUGCUUGCUUUCUCUAAAAGGGUUUGGGGAGAAUCUGGAGAUUUGGGUGAUCUUGAAACGCACAUUGAAGAAAAAUUUAUGGCUGAUGAUCCAGCUAAAAUUUCUUGCAACCCUAUUACUACUACCCUUAAAAGGAAACAAGAGGAAGUAUCAGCUCUUAUUAUUCAAAAGGCCUUCAGGAGGUAUUUGGUGCAGUGUUCUUCUAAAAAGAAACCUUUCUUAUACCAUCAUAAACACCACAACAGUGCUGUCUUUGAAGAAGGAACACGUGAGAAGGAAAGUAUUACUGCAACAAUGCUUAAUGAAGAUAAUGGUAGGAAGCUAGAUAAAUCAUGGACAAGAUCUUCCAUAUCUCUCCCUUUAUUUUAUGAUGGUACUGCUGAAACAGGUUGCCCCAGGUUGCAGCAUUUUUGA